UCUUGAUGUUGGCCGAGAAAGCUCCUAGAGAUUUUACCGUCGUAGUUGUCCCCAUGUCAGCAGUACCUUGAUGGACGACCUGACAGGGCAGUAUCUAGUUGUUCGCAUGGGACGUGCAUGAAGAACGCCCUUGACAAUUGAAAUUCAAAUAAGAAUAGGCAGAGGCACCAAUUUCCCUGACAUGACACACUGUAUGGCUUUUGCCCGUCGUCAUUAGCCAGUCGGUGGAGAAAGCAUUUCUAAGCUCGGGCGGUCCUUGAUAACCAUAUUAACUUAUAUUUUGUCAACAGAUGUUACAUUGGUAGGAGGCUCCAAUGCUAUGGAAGGACGAGUGAUGGUAUGGCGCAACGGUUCAUUUAAAGGAGUUUGCCGUGAUGGUUUUGGACAAGAAGAAGCUCGUGUAGCGUGCCGUAAUUUAGGAUUUAACAAUGAUGGUGGUGAUCCUGAUAUUAAUGUUGAUUUUGGUAAAGGGUCAGGCCCUGCUCUGGUAUCUAAUUUUAAUUGUAAAGGAAAUGAGUCAUCUUUAUCCAACUGCAAACAUCCAGAUUUUAGAAUCGGAGAAUGCAGUAGUGCACCUGAUGCCUCGGUCGUUUGUAAAUUUGUUACGUUGCGACUAGUAAAUGGAUCAGGAUCACAUGAAGGAAGAGUUGAGGUGUUUGAUAGAAGAGAAUGGAAAACAGUUUGUGACAGAUUCUGGGACGAUAAAGGAGCAUCUGUUGUUUGUAGACAACUAGGAUAUAGUGGGACAGGAGCAAUAAGUAAACACAGAGCCUACUUUGGAGAGGGACGUGGGAAUAUAGUAGCCUGGGUAUACUGUACUGGACGUGAAGAGUAUUUAACUGAAUGUAGAUAUAGUCGUUAUUCUGUUGGCGGGUGUUCUCAUACUGGAGACGCGUCUGUAAUAUGUAAUGAUGUUACAUUGAUAGGAGGCUCCAAUGCUAUGGAAGGACGAGUGAUGGUAUGGCACAACGGUUCAUUUAAAGGAGUUUGCCGUGAUGGUUUUGGACAAGAAGAAGCUCGUGUAGCGUGCCGUAAUUUAGGAUUUAACAAUGAUGGUGGUGAUCCUGAUAUUAAUGUUGAUUUUGGUAAAGGGUCAGGCCCUGUUCUGGUAUCUAAUAUUAAUUGUAAAGGAAAUGAGUUAUCUCUAAGUGCUUGCAAACAUCCAGCAUUUAGAUUCGGAGAAUGCGGUUGCACACCGGACUUCUCGGUCGUAUGUAAAUUUGUUCCGUUGAGACUAGUAAAUGGAUCAGGACCACAUGAAGGAAGAGUUGAGGUGUUUGAUAAAAGAGAAUGGAAAACAGUUUGUGACGUGGGGUGGCACGAUAAAGAAGAAUCUGUUGUUUGUAGACAACUAGGAUAUAAUGGGACAGGAGCAAUAAGUAAACACAGCGCCUACUUUGGAGAGGGACGUGGGAAUAAAGUAACCUGGGUACGAUGUAAUGGACGUGAAGAGUAUUUUACUGACUGUAGCUAUCAUAUUAGCUCGUGUCCUCAUACUAGAGACGUGUCUGUAAUAUGUAAUGAAACUUCCAAAACUACCACUAGUCCGUUAGCAACUACCAAGACUCUAGAAUCAUCUGCACAAUCUUCUACCAUUUCCCAAGAAAUACCAGUAGGCUCUCCACCAAAUUGCAAACCAGGGGUUCAUGAAUUUGAAUUUUAUAUAAAAGCUGGCAACCUAUCCUUGGACAAUCUGUGUAUGGACAUUGGUUCAUUUGAUAGCAGUUCACUGUGUUCUGACGACGACGAUGCUUUGAUAUUUAGCAUCAAUGAGGAUCCAUUUGGUUUCUUUAAAUUGUUUAAACUCUUAAGGAAUAAACAAAUACUGAAGCCAUGUUUGCGCCUUACAGCGCUAUACCAGAUACAAGAAGCCAAAGCACCGCUUACCAUAAUAGCAAAGGAAGAUUCUUCACAGGGUAGAACAGCAAUCCUAAACAUAUUGAUAACAUUUAAUCGGCCACCAACAGUUGCACAUAGAAUUAUUAACUGGAUUGUAAAUAUUGCUGAACUUGGCGCACUCGAUGUCAUAAAGCAAUCACAAGCACAGGAUUCUGGUAGUAUAACACUCACUUCUGUUAAUUACCAAGAGAAUAGUUUGGUUUCUGCAACCAUCAACAAAAAUAAGCUGCAUCUGCACCAUAGGAAAAUUAGCACUAACUAUGAUAUGCAAAGAAUAAAAUUGCAAGUCAAAAUGUCAGAUGAUGGUAAACCAAGUUUAUCAACAAAUGUAACAGUACAGAUAGUUAUAGUAAGGUUAGAAUGCACUUCAACUAACAAGAUGGCGGUAAAUAUCGGAGAACUUCAGAGUGUUAAAACUCUUCCAAUUGGCCAGAUUAAUUGUGCAGUUUCUAGAGGAUAUUCAGUCCGUUAUGAUGUCAUACACACAGCACUGCAACAAGGACUUGAAUUGAGCUUUCAUGAUGGUAUAGUGAGUAUAAUUCAAGAUGGCGUCACCACGAGUGUGGCUAAAAAAGAAGUCAUCGUUGUUAAUGUGAUAAUGGUUCAGUUCCCGUCUAUACAUGUCAAUGUUAAGUUUCAAUUAGAAUUUGCUUUUUAUGGACUAAUGUGGUUCCAAUCUACGUACAUAUCUUGGACAAGAGAACUAACAGAUAAUUCAACCAUGGAAUACAGAAACCAAGUAAAGAAUGUUACAGACAUGAUAAGUAAAGUUGUAGAUAAAUCAGUUAGCGUGCAUAUAAUACAGUUCAGGCAAGAUUCUUGGGUAGAUGUUCACCUCAUAUGUUCUAACCAAGCCGUUUGUAAAAAGACCGAAUCGUUACUUCUGCACCCUGCUAGUUUUAGUGAUUCUGGGAUUCUCCGUGGGCGAGUCCAUUUUAAUAACAGAAGUAGUCAUAUAUUUGUUCCAACUCUCAAAAUACUGAACAAGGCAAAACACAUCCUGGGUGGCGAUACUGUUAUCAUCUUCUGUGAGGCUGAUGUUAUAAAGCCAGUUGGUUCGGUUUCUGUGGAAUGGACAUUAGAUGGUGCCGUUGUUCGACCUUUGUUGUCAUCAAGAUUCCAAAUCUCGACCGGAUUGGAGUUCCCAUGGCGAUUACAGUCUAAUUUAACAAUUACAAAUAUUAAAAUGAUAGACCAAGGUACAGUACAAUGUCAUAUUAGUGACUUAAGUCGUUAUGGAAAAGUUGGGAGUAUUCCUUUGGCAAUUAUUUUUCCCCCAACUGUCGGUGUUCCAAAAACCCAGUAUGUCAGAUGUGGUAUAAGCAUCAACUUAAAGUGUGAAGUUUUAAAACCAGUCGGUGUAUAUACAACUUUGAUGUGGGUAACGGAUGGGAUUAAUAUACAAAAUGGUUCUGAAUUGAACAGGGUUGUGCCCAGAAAUACCAAUUUAACAUGUAUUGGAUCAAACAUAGCCGGUCGGGGUAAAGGCAACACAACCAAGAUAAUCAUCAUUAAAGGACCGCUAGCCUGUCCACGCGAUACCGAUGAAAGAGGAACCCAUUGGUCGGAAGCGUCACCAGAUGCCACAGCUGAACAGUCUUGCCCAUUGGGAUACGCAGGUAGUGUAUCUAGAUAUUGUACUAGCGAUGGGAAGUGGUUGGCGGCAGAUUACAGUUCAUGUAUUCAAGCAUCAUUGACAACCAUCAUGAAUCAGAUUGAACAGGUAAAAGCUGGAAUUGUUGUUUCCGAACCCGAUAAGUUGCUAGCCAAUCUGUCCAAAAUAACCAAACAAUCUAAAUUAGAGAAGGGCGAAAUUCUUCAUAUGAUAAGUGCUAUGAAAACCCUGACACAAAUUACAAAUGAAACAACCCAAAACUUGCCCUCAGCCCAGAAUAAAACUAAACAUUUUGCUAAGGAAUCAGUAAUACUGGUCAGCGCAUUAUUUGACUCUGAGCAAUCUGAAAAUAUGAAGACACUUGAAUACGAGAAUAGCAGUAUAAUCAAAGAUUUAAUGGAAACGAUGGACAAAGUGAGUAAACUAGUUGGGGAAAAUCUACCGGAUGGAAAUUCUGAGACAUUUCAAUCCGAAAAUAUUGGGUUUGUCUUUUUUCAUCUUUCACUGUGGCCUGAACAAAAAGGUGGGAGGGGGCUUGGCCAUACAUCAUCGACUUCUUUCAGGACCGUCAAGUUCAAGGUCAAUGUCUGAAAAUAUAGGCUGCUUUGCAGGAAGUGACGUAACGGAAAAAAUUGAAACUAAUUCUGGUGCUCCUAAAUAUGGUGAAACAUUUGCGGAUUAAACACUGGGCAAUGAUCUUUCAUCUCCCGUGGUCAUUGAAAUGUAAAUUGGUGUAACCCAAGAAGAAGGGAUGGCCAACUUUUGACAAUAAUACCAUAUUGUAUUCCUAGCUGCAUUCAAAAGACCUGCAAUGGAGCAUGAUAUUGAUGUUAUUGAUGAUUAAUUGCAUGACAUUUUGUUUUUAUUAUUUAAUUAUUCCUAGAAGCCCCCACAAUGCCUCUAUAAAGAAUAUAUAUAAUCCCAUUUAAUUUGAUAUUAUUAGUGUUAUAUAUUUAAGAUAAGCGUUCAAUUUGCUGAAUAUUAUUGAUAUGGUUUUUUUUAAUUCGCCUUUGGCCAAGUUAAUUUGAUUUUAUUUUAUUUAUAUCUAAUAUUGUUAUAUUUUACCUUAUUUUAUAAUACCUUUGAUCAACACAAUGCUUAGGAAAUAUUGAUGUACUGCACCUAAAUAAUCAAGCUGAUCACCAGUGAAUAUUCGCUAGGCCGCGACAAUCACUGAUAAGGAUGACAUCGAUGCGACUUAAUGAGCCACAAAUAUUAACUUUUUUCCUCGGACAAAUUAAAUUCUAAAACAUUUCUUUAUGUAUUAGGAAAAGAAAUAAAGACGUUUGAAGUAUUUGGAUGUAAAAAUUAUUUCCUAUUUAUUGUAAAUGGAUAUUAAAAUGACUAAAAGGCAGCAUUCUGCACGGACCAGUAACGUCAUGUGUAAAGAAUGCACGCGCCAUUGAGCCAAUGAUUGACGUCGCGUGAUGUGAAGUCACGUGUUGAAGGCAGUCACAUUUUACAGAGAUAUUAGAAGACUUUCGUAAUCCUCUGUGAAACAGAUUGCCUGGUUGCUAGAUAAUACGUUAUGUAGAUUUCACUGUACAAAUAUUCUGUACAUUAAUUUGAUUUUAUAAAAUUUAUAUCUAAUAUUGUUUAUAUUUUACUUUAGAUUAUAAAGCUUUGAUCUACAUAUUGCUUUGGAAAAUAUUGAUGUACUGCCCCAAAAUAAUACGUUAUGUAGAUUUCGCUCUACAAAUAUUAUGUAAAUUGUAGAUUACCUUUCUUAAGGAAUCCAUUUGAAAACCCCAAAUAAAUGUAUUUACACAAUUUUAUAAUGUCCAUUCUUGUAAAAAUGGAUAUAUUUAUUAGGGAGUGAAACACUCUGCUUAUUUUUCGGAUUUUCUCAGAGACUAAAAAUGGUCGUUAUAUUCAAUCAAAUAAACAAUAUUGUUGUUCAUCGGUGGGGACGUUUUUUUGACAAAAACUGUAUUUUCAACCUUUAACAAAACUGUCUAUUCGUUAAUUGUUAUGAAUUUUAAUAGUAAGAAGAUAUACGAUCAAUGGAUAUAUAAAAACAAUUUCGGGUUCAUUGUCCCGAAAUAGCCAAUUUCGCAUGAAUCUAAUCAUAAUUUAAGGCUUGGCCAAUGGUUAAUUGCUGUCCAUUUUAUGAACUUGUGCCAUAGGAGUGGUUAUGAAGUUUUUAUUUCUAUAAUAAAUUUAGUCGAUUUUGGUGACCACAUUGAUAUCGUUAUUUUGACAAACACUGUAUAUUUGAUUCGUGAUUGCAAAAUAUAUACAUUAAUAAAGAAUUUAAGUAAAAAAUUGA